CACCUGCCUCUUCCUCCGAGCAAGCACCCCCCCCCCUCUCGCCCUUUCUCCAUCACCGGAAGCGCCUCCCUGUCCAGAGGAUGGCCGAGUCGCCGAGGGACCUUUGCCUCGACCUACCUGCCCCGCUGCCGGCCUGAUCCCCCGGGAUACACAGCGGUAGAGGCGCUCUUUCCCCUUUCCCUCCUCUUCCUUUGUUUCUUCUCGUGGGGCGCGGCGCUCCCCCCUGUUGCGCCGGAGCUCCGACCGCUUCUUUUAGGCCCAUUCGGGGGCUGCCUCCGUAAUGACACAGGGUACCAUCGUUUAUCUCUAUAAAGAGGCCCUCUGCUCGAUACUUGUUCCUCGGCGCGAGGAUUUCGCCCUGAUCCAGGCCCUCCUCCCGAAGUCUGAUGCCCCCUCGAAUGUGUAUUUUGUCCAGCAUGAUGACACCUACCUCCCGGUCCGCUCGAAAGAGGACUGGGCCCUGGUGUUGAAGCAUGUGUCGGAUGAUGCAUCCAUUUAUCUCAUCAUCGAGGAGGCCACGUCCUCUGGGGGCCAGCGAAAUGCCGCUGGUGGUCCACUCAACUCAAAUGCCCCCACCCCCGGGCAGGUGUCGCCGGCGGGCGACUUCCCACGGUCCAUCUCUCCGCAUUCCUUCGGACCGGUUUCUCUGACCAGCACGUCGAUUUCCCUGCCAAGCGACUCCUUCCGCCCGGACUCGCCGUCGGGAUCUCGCCUUGGUAAUGCUGGCGCCCGAGGGGGCACCGCCAAUGUCGGUGGCUCGGCCACCGGGGGCGGUCAAUCCCCCACCCCCUCGGCCGACAAUGUCACACCGCCCCCGCAGCGACUCUACGGGGACUUGGGUCAGGGCGGUCGGAGGCAGUCUUCCUCCCUCUCGCUGCCAGUUGACUCGAUUAGCCCCCAUGGGAGCUUACAAUCAUACAUUGCCGGCGGCAAUAUGCCCUCAUUCGAGGGGGCGGGCCUGGCGCUCGGGCAAGCUCGUCAUGCGGCACCUAUCCCGCAGCAGGGCAGCUCCUCUCAGCAUCAUCAGCAGCACUACUUCCAGCCCCAGCAGGCCCAUCACGGUCACCGGUCCUCCUCCUUUGGGACCAGUGGCUCGGACAUUUCUUCCAUGCCUCGACCCCCCGCUGGCGUGUCACCGUCUGCCUCUUCAGUUGGGCAGCUCCUGCGCAAUGGCUCUCAAGGGUCCAUGGGUGUUCCUGGUGGCGGGCCCAAGCCGGCUGGCGAUGCCGGACAACAGGGCCACCACCACCACCACCACCACCACCACCAGCAGCAGCAGCAACAGCACCAGCAACCACAAUAUUACCCCUCGGGAGCUGCCCAGUCACAGCCAUCGUCCCAACCGCCAUUUCCGAUGCAACAGCGUCGUCGACCCCGACGCGAGUCCAAUCCCCAAAUCCCGAUGUCGCGUUUCGGCCUCAUGGCUCCCGACAGCCCGGCUCUGCCAUCGUCCUUCAUUGCCUCCUUCUCGUCCGAUCGUUUUGCCGCCCCGGGAUCAUCACUGAAUGUCGGCCUGUCACCUGCCUCCUCGGCCUCCUCCAUUUCCUCGAUCUCCUCCGUCGCCAGCACCGCGUCCGGGUACUUGGCAGCACAGGCCCACCAUGCGGCGGUGGCGGCAGCGGCAGCGGCAGCGGCCACGUCGGGCACAUUUUGCAUCGGCGGGAGCUCCAACAGCCUGGCUGCCGGGGCGGCUGGCCUCCCGGCCACCAUGGCCAAUGGCAUGGACCCCGAUGGGCAGGAUGAGAAUAUGUAUGUCAAGGGGGCCCUGCUCGGACGCGGGGCAUACGGCCAAGUAUAUCUGGCCAUCCGGGCAUCUACGGGCCAGUUCUUCGCCGUCAAGGAUGUCCCCCAGAGUGAUUAUGCCAAUACUCAAGCGCAGCAGGCUCUGCGCGAGGAAAUCCGCCUCUUCAGCCAAUUAUCCCAUCCGCACAUCGUCAAGUACAUUGGUAUCUCGGUGUCGGCGUCGACGGUAUCCCUCAUGAUGGAGUAUGCCCCGGGCGGGUCGCUGGCCACUUUCAUCGGGCGUUUUGGCCCGGUCCCGGAGCCCCUUGCCUCGAGUUUCAUGCACCAGUUGCUGCAAGGACUGCAUUAUCUUCACUCGCGAGACAUCAUCCAUCGCGACAUCAAGGGUGGCAACAUCCUGUUGGAUUCCACGGGCCGAGUAAAGUUGGCGGACUUCGGGGCUUCAAGACACUUGAAGUCCAUCACCUCCUCCGGACCCAAAUCCAUCCAUGGCACGCCGAACUGGAUGGCCCCGGAGGUGUUCCAGUCUGAUGAGGCCCACACCUUCAAGUCGGACAUCUGGUCACUGGCUUGUACGCUGAUUGAGAUGCUUUCCGGGAGAACCCCCUUCCCUGGAUUGAACAUUGUUCAAAUUGUCUAUCGGCUAUCAACUUUCGAGCCACCAGAGUUCCCGGACGCCUGCAGCCCCGCCGCGCGGAAUUUCCUCCAGCGUUGCCUGACCUUCGACUAUAAUGCACGUCCCUCUUGUGAGGUCCUGCUCCUGUCGGAGUUUGUCCUCCCUCCGGCCCACCAGCAAGACAGCUCCUCCCUGGACCUGUCGGGCGACCUGUCCUCUCCCAGGGACUUUUCAGAUCCAGCCUCGCGUGAUAUCCUACACUCGGCUUUCCGGCAGCAGCAACAGCAUGCCCAAUUCCAGUACCAACAGCAACAGCAGCAGCAGCAGCAACAGCAGCAGCAGCAGCAGCAAUUGCUCCUCCUGCGCGGUCGAAACCGAGCGCUGUCCUUCUCCUCCGAUGUCCAUCCCUCCCUUCCGGCACCGGCGUGCGUCGCGAGCCCCACCCCGGCCCCGCGCUUCUAG